UGGAGGACUCCAUGGGGCAGGCCCAGCUCUCCAGAACUCUGGCAGCCACCACUGCAUGUGGCCAGGCAGGAGUCCCAAAAGUGGUCCCCAGCUUCAGGGGUCUUUAGGGGAGGAACAGUAAGCUGGGAUGACCUGGAAGAGAUCUUAGGUAAAGGUUGGGGGGGGCACUAAGGAGAGCUGUGGGAUAGGGUUGCAGAUAUAUCUAAGGGUUACCAGUCCAGAAUCUUACUGCCCAGAAACUCCACCCUCAAGGCAGAGCUCCAACAAGGGACAACCAAGAGGAUCAGGACCUCCAGGGCUUUUCUGGGGAGAGGCCCCACUGGCUGGGCACGGUGCCCUGGGUAGGCCUGCAUGGACAUCCCCAUCAACAGCAGAGACUUCCGCUGCCUGCAGCUGGCGUGUGUGGGCCUUGGCCUGGUGGCCGGCAGCAUCAUCAUCGGCGUCUCCGUGUCCAAAGCUGCAGCUGCCCUGGGUGGUAUCUUUAUUGGCGCCGCUGGUCUGGGGCUCCUCAUCUUGGCCUACCCCUUCCUGAAGGCUCGGUUCAAUCUGGACCAUAUCCUGCCUAAUAUAGGGAGCCUGAGAAUCCACCCCCAUCCAGCACCAGACCAGGGGGAGGGAAGAUCCAGCACCAAUGGCAAUAAAGAGGGAGUCCGCAGCAGCCUGGCCACCGUGAGCAGAACCUUGGAGAAGCUGAAGCCAGGGGGUCGGGGGACUGGGGAGGCCUGAGGCCAGGGCUGAGGGGCUGCCCCCUGCCCUGCCCUCCCUUCCCGCCCACCACCCUGAUUUCAAAGCCCUCCUGGGUCCAAACCAGAGAUGAACCAGGCCCUGGAGAUGCCAGAUCUGCAUUCACUUGGUCAAGGCUCUUGGCAACGAAAUACGUGGAGUAGGGGUAGAGGAUUCUGAAGUAAGAUGUCACUGGAAGCUCCACAGGGAUCCUUCUUUUAGGCUCUUGACCCGAUUUUCUCUCUGGACUGCAGCCAAGCUUUUUGAUCUACUGACUGGUUUCUGUGGAGUUUAGGGCCCAGGGAUACCCCAGUCCCUUGCUUCAGCCUGGCCACAGAAGUGAACCACAGGCCUACACAAACCACAGAUGGGGGCCUAGCUGAGCCCCUCAGUCCCCAAGGACUGGCUCUGGGCCUCUAAAGCUCCCUGGCUUGAUAGAAGGGCUGGAUCCGAUUCCUUUGGAGACAUCAAAACUCUGGGCAACUCCUCGGGGAUCUUAGCAGCAGUGAACCAGACGGGGGUGGGGAGGGGGGCAUGAGGGGGAAUCCUAGACAAAGUGGUCACUGCCAUGAUAGGAGGCUUCCAAGAGGAGGUGGCUCCUGAGCUGAGCCCUCCCCUGAGACUCUGGGUAUUAGACUCCGGACAAAACCUCGAGCCUUCCUUCUUCUCCCCAGCCCUCUCACUGCUCCUGAGCAAUCUAAACACAUUGCAGACUUCAAGCCUUGGCUUAUGUUCUCCUGGAGGACCCCCUGCUCCUAUCUUUCAAAACCCUCAGCUUUAAAGGCCUGGUUCCAAGAAUCCCCUUAACCAUAGUACCCUCCCGGUCCUCUUCCACCAGCUGUGUCUCCCUCUCUCAACAGUCUCCAGGCAGGUUGAAGUCUUUUUCAUAAAACUAUUAUUAAUCCUAUUUAAACCUAGUGUAUGCUGCCCUCUUCCGGUUACCAUCAGGGCACAUGGUAGAUGCUCAAUAAAUGUUAAUGGCUUAAAUUUAAUGGAAAAAAACAUGCUCCAGGCUUUCUCUAGA